GCAACGCAAAUACAAAGACAACAGAUGGCUCGCCAGAAGCCAACAACCAACACUUUCUGAUUCAUCGGAAUAUCCAUGGAAGGAGCGACGGAGCGAGGAUCUCGAGAUUCCCUUUUACCUGGAACCCGACCCGACCCGAUCGGAAAACCGCCGGAGUCUCCGGCGGUUCACCUGUCUUUCCCGCGCUUCGUCGUGUGGUUCGAUCAGUCGAACCGCGGCGGAGCUGUGGUGUCGUGGUCGAUCUUCUUCCUCCUCGCCGUCGGGGUCCCGAUAAUGUCGCACUUCGUGUUGAUAUGCUCCGACUGCGAUUUCCAGCACCGCCGUCCGUACGACGCCGUCGUGCAGCUGUCGCUGUCUGGCUUCGCCGGAAUCUCGUUCGUCAGCCUCUCCUCUUGGUCGCGCAAGUACGGAAUCCGACGGUUCCUGUUCCUCGAUAAGCUCUGGGAUGUUAGCGACAUGGCUAGAUUGGGUUAUGAAUCUCAAAUCCAGAAAUCAAUGAAGCUGCUCACCAUCUUCGUCCUCCCAUCGCUAACCCUAGAAUCCGUGUACCGAAUCUGGUGGUACGUGACAGGAUUCGACGAGAUUCCGUACACCAUCAACCCUUUCCUCAGCCAUGUCGUUGCCUGCACUCUCCAGCUCUCCUCCUGGCUCUACCGUACUUCGCUCUUCAUCUUCGUCUGCCUCCUCUAUCAGCUCACUUGCCAUCUUCAGAUCCUCCGCCUCGAGGAUUUCGCCCGCUGCUUCUCCUCCGAGAUAUCCGAUGUGAGCUCCAUCCUCGCCGAGCAUCUCAAGAUUCGACGUAAUUUGAGGGUUGUGAGCCACCGGUUCAGGCGAUUCAUUCUCUCCUCCCUUGUUCUCGUCACCGCCACUCAAUUCAUGGCCUUGCUCAUGACCAUCAGAGCUAGCGUCUCGUUCAAUAUCUACGAAGUUGGUGAGCUCCUGCUAUGCUCCAUAACCUUGGUGGCGGGCCUGUUCAUAUGCCUGAGAAGCGCAACCAAGAUCACUCACAAAGGUCAAUCCGUCACAAGCCUAGCCGCGAAAUGGAACGUUUGCGCCACGAUCGACUCGUUCGACGAUCUCGACGAAGAAACUCUGAACCAUCAGUUCCACGUUAUCGAAUCCGAAGACGAAGAUGACGAAGAAGGAGAUGGAGACGACGAUCUCGACAACACCAAGAUAUUACCGAUCUACGCACGAACAAUAUCUUUCCAAAAACGUCAAGCUCUAGGUUACGAAACCCGGGUUUUCAUCUAUGGUGGUUUAGGACGAAGAUUAUCAUAUUCAUUUCAAUUCAAACGGACGAAACUUUCCUGUGUUUUUCUCCCUGCAGUGACAUAUCUGGAGAACAAUAGAGCAGGCAUCACUGUGUACGGAUUCAUGGUGGACAGAGCAUGGCUUCACACCAUCUUCGGCAUCGAGCUUGCACUUUUUCUAUGGCUUCUCAACAAAACCAUCGCGAACAUUCCAUGAAAAUUUUGGUCGGUCGUAUUUUAACUUUCAACGAGGUCAUGGUUUCUUUCAAAACACUUUGAAGAUGAUCCAAGCGAUGUUCAUGGUGUUCGUUCAAGUACAAAUCUUUAGGCACGUCAAUGACAAUGUUAUGUACAGUUAUACAUGCAUACAUACGCAUAAAUGUAUAUCGAUGUUCUACCGUCUUUGAGUAUUAGAUGUUGUAUCCAACGAUAUAAAACCAUGUUGUUUACAGAUCGAGUGUACAAUUGAACGAACAAUUGUUGCAUUGA